UUGCCUCCUCCAACGACGGCGAUGAUCGCAUCGCCACCGCCAUCCCCCUCCGACCCUUUGACUUCCUCCUAAAUCCUAAAAACUAGUUUGGUAGACCGAUCAGACACCAGCUCUCUCUAUCUGUGAAUCUCUCGGAAGCUUUUUCCGUGUAGAGAGUAGAAGAGAGAUGGGAAAACCCAAAGGAGAUGCUUUAAGGAGCAAAGCUCGUCCAUCCAGCAGCAGCUUGGCAGCUUCUCUGUUGCCGUCUGGCUCUGCAGCUGCGGCCGUAGGUUUUGGUGGCUAUGUCGGUAGCUCUAGAUUCGAAACUUCUAUAUCAAACGAAGACUCUGCUCCUUUCAUGGAUUUGGAUAGUGAGGUUGCCCAACACUUGCAACGGCUUUCAAGGAAAGACCCUACAACAAAGAUUAAGGCUCUUGCUUCCCUGUCAGAACUGAUUAAGCAAAAGAAAGGCAAGGAACUUUUGCCAAUAAUCCCACAAUGGACAUUUGAGUACAAGAAGUUGAUACUGGACUACAAUAGAGAUGUUCGGCGAGCUACGCAUGACGUCAUGACUAAUGUUGUCACUGGUGCCGGGAGAGAUUUAGCACCUCAUCUAAAGUCUAUAAUGGGGCCCUGGUGGUUUUCGCAGUUCGACUUGGCAUCUGAAGUUUCUCAAGCAGCAAAGUCUUCUCUGCAGGCAGCAUUUCCUUCCCAGGAAAAGAGAUUGCACGCCUUGAAUUUAUGUUCAACUGAGAUUUUUGCUUAUCUGGAGGAAAAUCUCAAACUUACACCUCAAAAUUUAUCUGAUAAAGCACUUGCUUCAGAUGAAUUAGAAGAAAUGUACCAGCAGAUGAUAUCGUCAUCUCUGGUGGCAUUGGCUACACUACUAGAUAUUUUGCUCCGGGAACCUGAUAAAGCUAGCUCUGCAAACGUUAAUUCUGAAUCGAAACUUGCCUCAAAGGCUAGGGCUCUGGCAAUCUCCGCAGCUGAGAAGUUGUUCUCUUUCCAUAAAUGCUUUCUGAACUUUCUAAAAUCUGGAAGCCCUAGUAUUCGGUCAGCUACUUAUUCUUUAUUAAGCAGCUUCAUCAAAAAUGUUCCUGAAGUCUUUGGCGAAGACAACAUCAGAUGCCUUGCACCAGCUCUGCUUGGUGUUUUCCGAGAAAAUAAUCCAACCUGCCACUCAUCAAUGUGGGAGGCUGUCUUGCUGUUCACUAGAAAGUAUCCUCAGAGUUGGGUCUACUUGAAUGUUCAUAAAUCUGUUCUGAAUCAUUUAUGGCAGUUUCUAAGGAACGGUUGCUAUGGAUCCCCACGGGUUUCUUAUCCUGCACUGAUAUUGUUCCUGGAAGUUAUGCCAACACAAUCUGUAGAAGCUGAUAAGUUCUUUGUGAAUUUUUUCAAAAACUUAUUAGCUGGAAGAAGUAUAUGUGAUUCUUCAAGUACGGAUCAAUUAUCACUUCUUCGGGCAACAACUGAAUGUUUCCUCUGGGGAUUACAUAAUGCUUCAAAGUACUGCGAUGGUCCCAAUCCCAUUCAUGAUCUCCAGGUUGAUCUAAUUGAUAAAGUCCUCGUGAAGAUUCUAUGGGCAGACUUCUUUGAACUAUCUAAGGGCAGCAUUCCACCUAUUCAGAGGAAGUCAGCUGAAACUCUUGGCAUGGGUAAUUCAUUUAGUUAUCUGCAAGAGCUAGGUAGAUGCAUCAUAGAAAUCCUUUCAGGGAUUAAUUUGCUCGAACAGAACCUGCUGUCUUUUUUCUGUAAAUCUGUUCAAGAGAGCUUCUUGGAUAUGCUUCAGCAGGGAAACUUAGAGAUAGUUUCGGGUAGCGUGAGAAAAAUGAUUGAUUUUCUCUUGUUGUUGGAGAGAUAUUCAGUUUUGGAAGGUGAGAGUUGGCCCUUGGAUCAAUUUACGGGGCCACUGCUGUCAAAGGCUUUCCCGUGGAUAAAAUCAUCUGAAUUGGUAGAUGGUGUGAAGCUUUUGUCAGUUUCAGUAUCAGUGUUUGGACCGAGAAAGAUAGUUCCAAUACUAAUUGAUGAUAUAGAGACUUCUACCCUUCUCUCUGUUGAAAAAGGGAGGGAUAUGAGCCCAGAGAAGUUCAUUAAAGUUUUUCAAGAAAUUUUUAUUCCUUGGUGUAUGGAUGUAUGUGACUCGUCGACUGCAGCUAGACAAGAUCUCCUGCUUUCAUUACUUGAUGAUGAAUGUUUCACUCAGCAGUGGGAUGAUGUCAUUUCUUAUGUAUCUAACCAACGACAUCAGGGGUGCAAUAAUCUGGCUGCUAUGAAAGUGCUUUUAGAAAAGGCAAGGGGUGAAAUUACAAAAAGAGGUUCUGGGCAGGAGUUGAAUCAAAGAGUAGGUUCUCGGCCAGAGCAUUGGCAUCAUAAACUCAUAGACUCAACUGCUAUAAGUCUUGUCCGUUCCUCCUUAGGGACUACAACCUCUGCUGCUCAGUUCCUGUGUUCAGUUCUGGGCGGUUCAACUGAAGACAGCAGUAUUUCUUUUGUGUCAAGAAGCUCGUUGGUCUUGAUAUAUAGAGGGAUCCUUGAAAAGCUGCUAUCUUUUAUCAAAUUGUCACCGUUAUGCUCAUUUAAUGAUAUAUGUUCAUCUCUUAUUGUUGAGGGUAUAGAGUUUGAUUCGAGUAGUACUGUGGACGAGAUCGUGGUUGCUAAGUUUGCAGCUGAAGUUAUUGAUGGUAGUUUCUUCAGUUUGAAGGCUCUGAAUCAGGACGCCACUCUACUUUCAACUAUUUUGUCUUCUAUUUUAAUCAUCGACUUGGAGAGUAGAAUGACAUCACUAGUGGAUGAUACGCAAUAUGAGUCCAAAGAGAAAAUAAAGGAUCGGAAUCUUGUGUGUGAUUUUAUUCAUGGUGUUUGCUCUAAGAUGGAUAAUCAGUUCUGGAGAUCCAUAGACUAUGAUGUCCGGAAGAGUUCAGCAAGCAUUUUGGUUCAGUCCCUUAGGUCUGUUGUCCUACUUGAGGAUGAUCUGCAACCUUGUGAACUUACACUAUUAUGUGCUUCAAGGAUGACCGAGGUGUUGGAAUAUCUCUCACUGGAUCAAAGCGAUGAAGAAAAUAUAUGUGCCCUCCUCGUGCUUGAAAGUGAUGUAUGGCCUAUGUGGGUCAGCCCCAUCACGUCAGCUAGCAUAAAUACGCAUGGUAUGCCUGUUCAUUUGUGCGAAUUGAAGAAAUCUAAGAGUGAAAGAUUUGUUUCUUUCAUUAACAACCUGAUCAUGAAAAUGGGAAUUCACCGAUUUCUUGUUGGCCACAAAGAUGAUGGGUUUGCCUCUCAAGCUUGGUUUUCCGUAGAGAUACUCUGCACGUGGGAGUGGCCAGGGAGUAAUGUUCAAACUUUUUUCCUGCCAACUCUUGUCUCGUUUUGUAAGAGUGAACCAUCAAGUGGGGGCUUACUAAAUUCCAUUUUUGACAUUCUACUCAAUGGUGCUCUCGUGCAUGGAGAGGAUGAGACAGUGAGCUUAGGGAACAUGUGGAUUGACUUUAAGAAUAACAUAGAGGAAAUCGUAGAACCAUUUUUGCGGGCUCUGGUGUCAUUGCUUCACACUUUGUUCAAGGAGGACCUUUGGAGAGAAGAAAACGCCAUGGGUGCUUUCGAAAUGCUCACAGAUAAACUUUAUAUAGGGGAAGAGACGAGCACAAACUGUUUGAGAAUCAUUCCUUUCAUUAUGAGCACUAUGAUUUCACCAUUACGUACGAAAAUAAAAUCUGGUGUUUCUGGUAAAGAUGCUUUACUGCCACUGGAAGUUUUACUUAUAAAUUGGCUAGAGAAGUCUUUGUCGUUCCCUCCUCUGGUGCUCUGGCAAAGUGGGGAAGAUAUGCAGGAUUGGUUUCAGCUUGUUAUCUCUUGUUAUCCCGUAAGCGAAAAGGCUGAAGAAGCAAAGGAACUACGGAGGCAUAUGAGCAAUGAAGAGAGAACACUCCUGCUAGACUUGUUCCGCAAACAAAAGCAAGAUCCUGGUGCAUCAAGUAUAGUUACCCAACUUCCAGCUGCCCAAAUUCUGCUCGCGAGACUAAUUGUUAUUGCAGUUAGUUACUGUGGAAACGAUUUUAAUGAGGAUGACUGGGAUUUUGUCUUUUCUAAUUUGAAGCGUCUGAUCCAGUCUUACGUUGUUUUGUCUACUGAGCCUAUUUCCAGGCUGGCCAUAGUUGCUGAUGGGAAUGCACCACUGAAUGAUGAGUCUCUCAAUGAUCAGGACUCAAGAGAUACUGGUUUGCCAUCUGAAGAGAAGCUACGGCUAAGAGACGAAGUAUCUUGUAUGGUUGAGAAGUUAAAUCAUGAACUUCUUGAUACGGAUUUAACUGCACCAGAAAGGGUGCAAACGUUCCUGGCAUGGUCUUUGUUGCUCUCGCAUGUUAACUCUUUACCUUCACUAACACAAGGACGAGAAAGACUGGUGCAGUAUAUAGAGAAAACUGCAAAUCCGUUGAUAUUAGAUAGCCUUUUUCAGCACAUUCCUCUAGAAUUAUACAUGGCACAGAGCUUGAAGAAAAAAGAUGGGGAUGUUCCAACGGAGUUAUCUGUGGUAGCUUCUGCAGCCACUCAUGCAAUUAUGACGGGUUCGUCCCUCUCAACGGUUGAAUCACUUUGGCCUAUUGAAACUGGAAAGAUGGCUUCGCUUGCUGGGGCAAUAUAUGGCCUGAUGCUACGUGUCCUUCCAGCUUAUGUUCGAGAAUGGUUUAGCGAAAUGCGUGACCGUUCUACAUCAUCUCUGAUUGAAGCAUUUACAAGAUCGUGGUGCAGCCCUUCUUUAAUAAAGAACGAACUGUCUCAGAUAAAGAAGGCAGAGUUUAAUGAUGAGAGCUUUUCAGUCAGCAUAAGUAAAGCGGCAAACGAAGUAGUUGCUACAUAUACGAAGGAUGAAACGGGGAUGGAUCUCGUGAUCCGGCUUCCAGUUUCUUACCCACUCAGGCCUGUUGACGUUAAUUGCACAAAAAGUAUUGGCAUAAGCGAUGCAAAGCAGAGGAAGUGGUUGAUGUCUAUGCAACUGUUUGUUCGUAAUCAGAAUGGGGCUCUGGCGGAGGCGAUAAGGAUAUGGAAGCGAAACUCGGAUAAGGAAUUUGAAGGAGUAGAGGACUGCCCGAUAUGUUACAGUGUGAUUCACACCGUGAAUCACAGCCUUCCAAGGCGGGCUUGCGUGACGUGCAAGUACAAGUUUCACAAAGCAUGUUUAGACAAGUGGUUCUUAACGUCUAAUAAGAAACUCUGCCCCUUGUGCCAAUCUCCUUGCUGAUCCAAUAACGGUGAUGAGGAUGCAUUUUGUGACAUUAGUGUGUCAGUUUUGCUUAAACCCUAACAGUCUUCUUAGUUUUUACUUUCCAAAGGUUCAAGGAACGUAUCGCCAUUGAUAUACAUAGAUGUGUUGAGUUUCGUUUCACGUAUGUGAGUGAAUAUGGAAAAGACAAUAAAUAGAGAAAUUUACCAGAGCCACUAGUUGCAAUUGGACCGA